ACCUGGCAACGCGUUCCCUUCCCUGCCUGCUGCUGCUGCUGCUGCUGCGUCCGGCCUCCUCGGCCUCCUCCUCCCCGGGCCCGGCUCAGCCUGUGCUCCCUCCUCCCCGCCGCCUCCUGCAGCCCGAGGUGCGCCGGGGCCCGAGCCGCCGGAAGCCGCCAUGGAGGAAGCCUCUCCCAAGUCGCUGAUUGACAUAACCCUGCAUUACUUAAGCUCUCACCUUGAAAAGUUCUGCUGGGAAAGACCGGAUGGAACCUUCUGCCUGCAAGAUGCGGCCAUGUUUCCCCAGGAGGUUGCGGAUCGGCUGCUGCGGACCAUGGCCAUUCAGAGACAACUGAACGAGGUGACGGUAGGAAUCUUCAGAGGGAGCCAGCUGCGACUGAAGCGAGCUUGUAUCCGCAAGGCUAAGAUCUCAGCGGUAGCCUUCCUCCGAGCCUUCUGCCACCACAAACUGGUGGAACUGGAUGCCACUGGUGUCAAUGCCGACAUAACCAUUACUGACAUCAUUAGCGGGCUCAGUAGCAGCAAAUGGAUCAGGGACAACCUCCAGUGCCUGAUCCUCAACUCUCUGACUCUGUCUCUGGAGGACCCCUAUGAACGCUGCUUCAGCUGCUUGUCUGGACUCCGUGCUCUCAGCAUCACCAACGUCCUGUUCUAUAAUGAAGAUCUGGCAGACGUGGCUUCCCUCCCCAGACUGGAAAGCCUGGAUAUCUCCAACACCUCCGUAACGGACAUUACUGCGCUGCUGGGCUGCAAAGACCGACUCAAGUCCCUCACUAUGCACCAUCUGAAGUGUCUAAAGAUGACAACCACACAGAUCCUGGAAGUCCUCAAGGAGCUGAAGCACCUCAGCCACUUGGAUAUAUCUGAUGACAAGCAGUUCACGUCGGACAUAGCGUGCCGUUUGCUGGAGCAGAAAGACAUCCUGCGCGGUUUGGUCUCAUUAGACAUCUCUGGGAGAAAGCAUGUUACAGAUAAAGCCGUGGAGGCCUUCAUCAUGCAGCGCCCUCAGAUCCAGUUUGUUGGACUCCUGGCCACCGAGGCCGGCUACUCGGAGCAGCUUUCUGGAGAGGAGCAUGUUAAGGUGUCUGGAGAAGCCAAUCAGACCCAGAUCGCAGAAGCUCUACGGCGAUAUAGCGAGCGAUCCUUCUUUGUGCGUGAGGCGCUCUUCCACCUGUUCAGUCUGACGCAUAUCAUGGAGAAAGCCAGCCCGGAGAUGCUGAAGCUAGUGGUGGUCGGCAUGAGAAACCACCCAACCAACCUACCUGUGCAGCUGGCGGCCAGCGCCUGUGUCUUCAACCUCACCAAGCAGGACCUAGCGGCCGGCAUGCCUGUGAAGCUCCUGGCUGAUGUCACUCACUUACUGCUAGAAGCCAUGAAACACUUCCCCAAUCACCAGCAGCUGCAGAAAAACUGUCUCCUCUCCCUCUGCAGUGACCGAAUCUUACAGGACGUCCCAUUUAACAGGUUUGAUGCGGCAAAGCUGGUGAUGCAGUGGUUGUGUAACCAUGAAGACCAGAACAUGCAGAGGAUGGCGGUGGCCAUUAUUUCUAUCCUCGCUGCAAAGCUGUCAACGGAACAGACGGCUCAGCUGGGGGCCGAACUCUUCAUUGUCAGGCAACUUCUGCAGAUAGUGCGCCAGAAGAGCAGCCAGAGCCUGGUGGACACCACCCUGAAGUUUACGCUCAGUGCCUUAUGGAACCUGACUGAUGAAUCGCCGACGACAUGCCGACACUUCAUAGAGAACCAAGGCCUGGAGCUGUUCAUGAAGGUGAUUGAGACUUUUCCGUCCGAGUCUUCCAUCCAGCAGAAAGUUCUGGGGCUGUUGAACAACAUUGCGGAGGUGAAGGAGCUGCACUCGGAGCUGAUGUGGAAGGAUUUCAUUGAUCAGAUCAGUAAGCUCCUGCACAGCGUGGAGGUGGAGGUCAGCUACUUUGCUGCAGGGAUCGUCGCACACCUGGUGUCCCGGGGAGAGGAGACCUGGACUUUAAGCACAAGCUUGCGAGAGACUCUGCUGGAACAGUUGCAUUCUGCCAUACUCAGCUGGCCAACCCCGGAGUGUGAGAUGGUGGCGUACAGGUCUUUUAACCCCUUCUUCCCGCUGCUAGCGUGCUUUGACACACCUGGGGUGCAGCUGUGGGCAGUUUGGGCCAUGCAACAUGUGUGCAGCAAAAACCCGGUGCGGUAUUGCAGCAUGUUGAUCGAUGAGGGAGGCUUGGCGAAACUUCACCGUAUUAGAGACCACGCAAGUGCCAACCCAGAUGUUCUCCGUAUGACUGUCGCCAUCCUAGACAACCUUGACAGACACUUAACGCGGCACGGCAACUCUCUCUGUCCAGGGCCGCCAUCCACCAAACAAGCCUAGGGCGUCCGCUCCAGACCCGCCUGCUGCCGUUUGUGGAUUGAAGCUUGUGUGUGGGACAUUGGGUAAAAGGAACUUUUCUAUUGAAAGAGGAUUUCAGUGUCUCCGUUCUGCUCCUGUUACUCAUUCCUGCGUUUGAGGAAAACAAAGAGAAGGAAGUGUUCACCCUUAUGUUUUAUUUCCGGCACAGCUCCCCCGUCCCAGCUCUGGGGUAGUCCCGCAUACUGUGUUCAGAGCCACUAGUUUUUAUUACAUUGUUAGUCUGCAUUGGCCUGUACAACUCGCACAAUGCUGGCCCCUGUGCGCAGCCGACAAAUGCACUUUACUGGGUUCUUUAUAUGUAAUAUAUGAGCCACACGCUCUCGGCCUGCAGUGGGUGUAGCCUGACCAUGAUGAGACUUCACGCAUUAGCCGCAGUUCCCGGACCAUUCAGGAUCUGAUGUGACCGGGGCGGCGCAAUGACUAUAAAGUGACUGUAAUUGGCGCCAGUCUGCACAUUGCUCCAUUCUGCUUUACUCCUGCCACAAGUUGUGGCCAUUGAAACUUUCUAGUACUUGUCAACACAGCCCGUCGGCCUCUCUUCCGUAUUGAAUUAGGUUACACAGCCGGCUGUCCCGUCGGUGUAUAAGGACAUAGAACUGUAAAAUUGUAGAGACGUGGUGAAAGUGUAUAUAUGUUGCGUACUGUACGUUUUAUUAUUUGGAGAUUUAAUUGGGACGUUAUAUUAACAAUGAUGUUUCCUAUUUAACUAAGUUAUUUGCAUUUUAUAGUUUGUUUAUGAUGAGGAAACUACAUUUGUGUUUAGAAAACCCCAAUCCAUUUCCCCUGGAAGUUCCACUUUCUAUCCGCUCCCAGCCCGUCAGCUAGCGCAACGCAGUGGCACCGGAAUAGCGCUGCAUGGCGGGGAAACCUGUGAUCACAGUCCCGUUACAGACGUGAGUCGAGGUCUCCUCCAGCUGCGUCUCUGCCAAUGACACCACCGUAUGGUAGGGAAAUUUGCGAUCACAGUCUCCUCCAGCUGCGUCUCUGCCGGUGACACCACUGUAUGGUAGGGAAAUUUGCGAUCACAGUCUCCUCCAGCUGCGUCUCUGCCGGUGACACCAUUGUAUGGCGGGGAAACCUGCGAUCAGUCUCCUCCAGCUGCGUCUCUGCCGGUGACACCAUUGUAUGGCGGGGAAACCUGCGAUCAGUCCCCUCCAGCUGCGUCUCUGCCGGUGACACCAUUGUAUGGCGGGGAAACUUGCGAUCAGUCUCCUCCAGCUGCGUCUCUGCCGGUGACACCAUUGUAUGGCGGGGAAACCUGCGAUCAGUCUCCUCCAGCUGCGUCUCUGCCGGUGACACCACUGUAUGGCGGGGAAACCUGCGAUCAGUCUCUGCCGGUGACACCAUUGUAUGGCGGGGAAACCUGCGAUCAGUCUCCUCCAGCUGCGUCUCUGCCGGUGACACCAUUGUAUGGCGGGGAAACCUGCGAUCAGUCUCCUCCAGCUGCGUCUCUGCCGGUGACACCACUGUAUGGCGGGGAAACCUGCGAUCAGUCUCUGCCGGUGACACCAUUGUAUGGCGGGGAAGCCUGCGAUCACAGUCUCCUCCAGCUGCGGCAUGAUGCAUCUUCCAGCCACUACAAUUUCCAUGCAUGGCAUCUGUGCCUUCCAGGAACCAGACAGAAGGGCACGUUGAGCUUUGUUCUAGCUGAAGCACCGCGUUAAGCGCACAAUAGAGCAGACCUGGGCAGCCCUUUAGCUGUUUUGGAGCCACGAGGCCCAGCACGUACGGCCAGGGGUCCUUGCCGCAGACAUCGGGGUCUGUACUCGGUAGCAGCAAUGGGGUCAGGCUGGGACACUUCGCCGGCUUAGUACAUACAAUACAGUGGUUACUUUCAGUGCAGUUGGGUUGAUAUAUUUUUUUUUACCAAACUUACCACUAUUGUUACAGUAUAAACGGCAUCCGCAGGGACUGAGCGACCACACGGCAGUAUUCGCGGCGUGCCAGCUUGCUGUGUGUGCGCCUGACAUUCUGCAGAACGCUCUUGAACAAAACAAUAAAUCUGCUGCGACUA